CAUAGCGCGUCUCACCCCUGGCGACCCCGGAAGUGGGUCGGGGGCUUGGCCUCUGCCCGGCCACAGAGCCGGAGCUGGAGGUGCUAUCCCGUCCGGCGGCGAACCCCGGGCAGGGCCCGGGGCUGAAGUUUCAAGAUGCUGAACGUCCCUUCCCAGUCUUUCCCGGCCCCCAGGUCGCAGCAGCGUGUAGCCUCCGGGGGGCGUAGCAAGGUACCUUUAAAACAGGGCAGAAGCCUUAUGGAUUGGAUUCGCCUGACCAAAAGUGGAAAGGAUCUAACAGGAUUAAAAGGCAGGUUAAUUGAAGUAACUGAAGAAGAACUUAAGAAACACAACAAAAAAGAUGAUUGUUGGAUAUGCAUAAGAGGUUUCGUUUAUAAUGUCAGCCCUUAUAUGGAGUAUCAUCCUGGUGGAGAAGAUGAACUAAUGAGAGCAGCAGGAUCAGAUGGUACUGAACUUUUUGAUCAGGUUCAUCGUUGGGUCAAUUAUGAAUCCAUGCUGAAAGAAUGCCUCGUUGGCAGAAUGGCGAUUAAACCUGCUGUUCUGAAAGACUAUCGUGAGGAGGAAAAGAAAGUCUUAAAUGGCAUGCUUCCCAAGAGCCAAGUGACAGAUACACUUGCCAAAGAAGGUCCUAGUUAUCCAAGCUAUGAUUGGUUCCAAACAAACUCUUUAGUCACCAUUGCCAUAUAUACUAAACAGAAGGAUAUCAAUUUAGACUCAAUAAUAGUUGAUCAUCAGGAUGAUUCCUUUAGAGCAGAAACAAUUAUUAAGGAUUGUUUAUAUCUUAUACAUAUUGGGCUAAGCCAUGAGGUUCAGGAAGAUUUUUCUGUGCGGGUUGUUGAGAGUGUGGGAAAAAUAGAGAUUGUUCUUAAAAAAAAAGAGAAUACUUCUUGGGACUUUCUUGGCCAUCCCCUGGAGAAUCAUAAUUCACUUAUUCCAAGGAAAGAUACAGGUUUGUACUACAGAAAGUGCCAGUUAAUUUCCAAGGAAAAUGUUACUCAUGAUACGAGGCUUUUCUGUUUGAUGCUGCCACCAAGCACUCAUCUUCAAGUGCCCAUUGGGCAACAUGUUUACCUCAAGCUACCUAUUACAGGUACAGAAAUAGUAAAGCCAUAUACACCUGUAUCUGGUUCCUUACUCUCAGAGUUCAAGGAACCAGUUCUUCCCAACAAUAAAUACAUCUAUUUUUUGAUAAAAAUCUAUCACACUGGACUCUUCACACCAGAGCUUGAUCGUCUUCAGAUUGGAGAUUUUGUUUCUGUAAGCAGUCCUGAGGGCAAUUUUAAAAUAUCCAAGUUCCAAGAAUUAGAAGAUCUCUUUUUGUUGGCAGCUGGAACAGGCUUCACUCCAAUGGUUAAAAUACUGAAUUAUGCUUUGACUGAUAUACCCAGUCUCAGGAAAGUGAAGCUGAUGUUCUUCAAUAAAACAGAGGAUGAUAUAAUUUGGAGAAGCCAAUUGGAGAAAUUAGCAUUUAAAGAUAAAAGACUGGAUGUUGAAUUUGUUCUCUCAGCACCUAUUUCUGAAUGGAAUGGCAAACAGGGACAUAUUUCACCAGCUCUUCUUUCUGAAUUUUUGAAAAGAAAUUUGGACAAAUCCAAAGUUCUCGUCUGCAUUUGUGGACCAGUGCCAUUUACAGAACAAGGAGUAAGGUUGCUGCAGGAUCUCAACUUUUCCAAAAAUGAGAUCCAUAGUUUUACAGCAUAAUGAAGAGCUGUCAUUGUCCUUUAUUCAACUAGUUUAUCUAAAUUUGUGAUUGCUUAGGGUUUUUUAAGAGAACAUUUUUGUACAUAAUGAAAGGUUAACUAGAAUCCAGGCUUCAGUUUCUUAAAUGAAAUCAAAUGUUCCUUCUAACUUCUUGGCUUUCUUUUGUACCAUAACUUAUUUUACUACUGAUAUUUGACCUGGACAGUUAAUCAUGGCAACAAAUACAUACAGGAUUCGUUGUUAUGAAUCACAAAUUUCCUUGCCAUUUAAAUUAUAUCACUGUUCUACAAUAAGCACUUGUGUUUUAUGACAUGAUAAAGUAAAUGAUCACUUCGAUCAUGUUUCUAUGCUGUAAAAUGUCUUAUUAGCAAUACAGAUUAAAUUUACAUUGCACUGUUAACUCAGGAAAUGAUCAUUUAUGUCCUUGUUAUUAAUAUUAAAACAUAGAAUGUUAUAACUUAUUAACUUAUCUAAACAUUUUUUUGUGUGUAUAUGGCACUGAUGCAGAAUAGAAUAAAAUUAUACUUAAGUUCUUUUUAA